UGAUCGUCAAUCUCCGCUAGGGCUCGGCGGUGUCGGUAACGGUUGGUGUGUUUAAAAUCCUCUGAGCUCCUUCGGGCCUAAAACUGAAUUAAGGCGAAGAGGAGUUACGGAAAGAGAGAAGAGAGAAGAGAGAGAGAGCGAAGGAUAUUAAUCCCGGAAUGACGGUGCUGCAGGAACCCGUCCAGGCUGCUGUUUGGAAUGCACUUAACCACUAUGCUUACCGGGAUGCUGUGUUUCUGGCAGAAAGACUCUAUGCUGAAGUGCACUCAGAAGAAGCUCUUUUCCUAUUGGCUACUUGUUAUUACCGCUCUGGAAAAGCAUACAAAGCAUAUCGCCUUCUUAAAGGGCACAGCUGCACUACUCCACAAUGUAAAUACCUCCUUGCAAAGUGCUGUGUGGACCUAAGCAGACUUGCAGAAGGAGAACAGAUUUUAACUGGAGGAGUCCUGAAUAAACAGAAGAGCCAUGAUGAUAUUGUUACUGAGUUUGGAGACUCUGCUUGUUUUACACUUUCUUUACUGGGGCAAGUUUACUGUAAAACAGAUCGCUUAGCCAAAGGAUCUGAAUGCUACCAAAAGAGCCUGACAUUAAAUCCUUUCCUGUGGUCACCGUUUGAAUCUUUGUGUGAAAUCGGUGAAAAACCAGACCCUGAUCAAAUGUUUAAACUGACAUCUCUGCAGAAUUUCAGCAGCUGCCAGCCAAACAUCUGUCCAGUAUACACCGCCACUUACAGUAUACCCCACAGACAGCUUGACACAAUCUUGAUGGAAACACCUCAAGACACUUUAGAAUUAAAUAGACUUAAUCUAGAAUCGUCUAACUCAAAGUAUUCAUCUUUAAAUACGGAUUCUUCAGUUUCCUAUAUUGAUCCUUCGGUAAUUUCCCCCGACUCUGUGCCCCUUGGAACUGGAAGUGCUUUACUAGCCAAACAGGCACAGAACAAACCAAAAAGUGGGCGCUGUUUAAUAGGGGGGCCUGCUGCUCUUAGCCCACUGACUCCAAGUUUUGGGAUCUUACCACUAGAACCCAGCCCAGGAGAUGGGUCCUAUCUUCAGAACUUCACAAAUACGACUUCUGUAAUGGACCCCCCUUCUACUGGACUCCCUCCGAAGAAGUCUGUAGCCCGAAUUAGCCAAGCUGGAAUGAAAUCUGUGUUUGCACAGAGUGGCAACAGCAGAGAUGUUACCCCAAUUCAUUUGAUGCAGACACAAAGCACAGCCCCGCAAACAAGGGGCAUUGAAAGAUUCUACAGCCUGGUCCGAUUCGGAUCAGCAGCUGGAGUGACUGUGAGAGAAGGCAGGGCUGACAGAACAGUAGCAGAGAGAGAAGGGGAAAAGAGAGGCUCAGCGGGAAAAAGAGAUCAGACAAACUCAAGUACAACGCCUCAAGUGCUGAGUCCAACAGUUGCUGCUCCACCAAAUGCGCAGCCAAGGAGAAGUUCUCGGUUAUUUACUAGUGCCAGUUCUACUGCCAAGGAGAACAGUAAAAAGUUGAAAAUGAAGUUUCCAACUAAAAUUCCUAACAGAAAAACAAAGACUAAAACUAAAGGAGGGAUAACUCAGUCUAACAUGAACGACAGUAUAGAGAUUCUUAAACUAGAUUCUUCCAUCAUUUCUGAGGGGAAGGGCAACAUUGCCACGCCUCAGGUGCAAGCCUUCAACAUACAGAAAGCAGCUGCAGAUGGGUUAAUGAACCUCAUGCGUGAUAUGGGGAAAGGUUAUUUAGCACUUUGUUCCUACAACUGUAAGGAAGCAAUCGGCAUUCUGAGCCAGCUGCCUUCUCAUCAUUACAACACCGGGUGGGUACUGUGUCAAAUCGGGAGAGCACACUUUGAACUUGCAGAGUACAUGCAGGCAGAGAGAAUAUUUUCAGAAGUACGCCGCAUAGAAAGUUACCGAGUGGAAGGAAUGGAGAUUUACUCAACAACACUUUGGCACCUUCAGAAAGAUGUUGCUUUGUCAGCUCUGUCUAAAGACCUUACAGACAUGGACAAAAACUCUCCAGAGGCCUGGUGUGUUGCUGGUAACUGUUUCAGUUUGCAGCGAGAGCAUGAUAUUGCAAUCAAGUUCUUUCAGAGGGCAAUCCAGGUGGACCCAGGCUUUGCAUACGCGUACACACUACUUGGGCACGAGUUUGUACUCACAGAGGAACUAGAAAAGGCCUUGGCUUGUUUCAGGAAUGCCAUUCGUGUUAAUUCACGGCACUAUAAUGCAUGGUAUGGCCUGGGAAUGAUCUAUUAUAAGCAAGAAAAGUUCAGUCUAGCAGAAAUUCAUUUCAAAAAAGCACUCGGUAUCAACCCUCAAAGUUCAGUCCUGCUAUGUCAUAUCGGAGUGGUGCAGCACGCUUUAAAGAAGUCAGAACAUGCUUUAGAAACUCUGAACAAAGCCAUUAGUAUUGACCCCAAAAACCCACUAUGCAAAUUCCACCGGGCCUCAAUUCUGUUUGCUAAUGAAAAGUACAAGGCUGCUUUACAAGAACUUGAAGAACUGAAACAAAUUGUCCCAAAAGAAUCACUUGUUUACUUUUUAAUUGGAAAGGUUUAUAAGAAACUGGGUCAGACACACUUGGCCCUGAUGAAUUUCUCCUGGGCCAUGGAUUUGGAUCCGAAAGGUGCAAACAAUCAAAUCAAAGAGGCCAUAGAUAAAAGAUACCUUCCUGAUGACGAAGAACCAGUAACUCAAGAGGAUUCCUACCCAUUUGAGUCAGUUGAAGCUGAAGAGUCGCAGGAAAGCAGUAUGACCGACGCAGACGACACGCAACUUCACGCAGCAGAAAGUGACGAGGUGUAUUAACUAACAAUGCCAAUCUGAAAUCGGCCACACAAUUUCAGAAUUAAAAAAAAAAAAAAAAAACUGCUGCUGAUAUACAGUACCUUCUGUCCCUCCCACCCUGCGCCUUUCUUUGUUUUACCCCCCUUUAGCUCUCAAUGAGCUUAUAACACCGCUAUGCUCAUUCUGUGUUUUUUUUUUUUUUUAUUUCUGUCUCAAAACACAUUAUUCUUUAAUCACUUCAUGGAUAAAUUGACCUGAGAAAUAUAUAUCAUGGGGUACCUUUUUUAUGAGGUUUUUGGUGCAGAUCAAAGCAACUGACCACAUUCUAUAUGGUCACCCCCCCCACCCCUGAUCUGUUGAAAACCAUUAAUUAAACUUUUAUGCUUUUUAUUAAUGUGAUUCAAAUAUACUUAUUUGAAGUUGUAGCAGAUAUGUUUCAAAAAAGCAAUGUGUUAAAAUAAAAAGGCUGCCUAUUUUUUUUUUUUUUCAAUCCUGUUUUUAAAACUGCACUCAUUGAGAAGAGAAAUAAUAUCCAUAAAGGCUACAAAGGAAUUCAGGCAAUCUAUUUCCCUGUAAUAAGUUAAUACGAAAUUAAAGGUACAGGUUAUAACUUUUAUAGUAGUCGUCUGUUAAAUAGAUUAGUAUUUUAAAAUGUUUAUCACUUGUUCUUUGUGAAAGGCUCUUUUACAGCUCUGUUUUAUCAUUUUGGUGUCUAUCCAAGUAUUUGAGUCGACCAAAAAUAAAUAAAUUGAGAAUGUAUAUGGCCAUUUUCUAUGACCUCA